AUGAAUGCUCACGUACUGAGGCUGCAGCAGGUCCCCUCUGAAGACCCCAGGGACGGGAGAGCCAGCCCCAAAGUCAUGGACCUUGAGACAGAUCUGGGGACCAGCUCAGGUGGGAGGCUGGCCCGCCAUCCGAAGGCCAUCCCCAGGGCUCACCUGACUUUUAUGAUUGACUGUUCUCGUGGGAAACAGCUCUCCCUGCUAGCACCCCCAGUGCCGCCCCCAGCCCUGAGCCCCUGUCUAGGACCUGCCCACCCUCCAAUGAAGACAUACAUCUUGUUCUGUGGGGAAAGCCAGCCCCAUCGGGCCCACGAGGCCCCCCUGCAUGGAGGACACUGUGCCCAGGCCCCGGGCACCCUGCCAGCCUUCCAGGGGACUGUGGCUCCGGCUUCGACUCCCGUCAGCCCCCUCUGCCCCCAGGAGGCUCCGGGAGCCAAGGGGAGUCCCUUGAAGACUGUGAGAUAUUCUGCUUGGGGGACAGUCAAGGGCUCCCUCAAAGGACUCCUCUCUUCCUGUGUCUGUGGGCAGGCGGAUUAA